UCAUAUUUCCAUCGGCGUCGUCGAGUAUACAAAAUGAACACGGUAUCAGGACUUAUGUUAUUAACAUCUAACCACAUUGCACAUGAUGAUCAGUGGACAUUCAACUGCUCUCGUCCGGGUCUUAUAUUUUGCUUGGGGUGUGCUCUGGAACAGCUUGAAGACCCAGAGAAGCCAUCGGUAAUGAAAAAAUUCCUGCUUACGGAGAUGCUCAAAGUGGUUAUUGAUAAUGAUCAAGAGCUUCUUCAAUCCCUAAAUGAAGAACAGCAAGUUUCGGUUCAUCUUCUUACCGUGUUAACAGAUCUUUUUAAUACACCAGAUGACAGUAUAACAGCUUCUGCAAUUGAAGUAAUUGUUCAGGUUUGUUGUAAAAUGAAGAAUGAUGAUUUAGUGUGUGGACUUAUCAACCAGGUCACAUCUCAGUGCCUUGAAGAUUCAAGUUUUCAACACAGUCUGCCAUCACUCAAUCUGAUUGGACGUUUGCUACAAUCUAUUCCUCCAUUGGCAGAUCUUCUUCAGCGGGCAUACAGCCGUAAAAUUAAACUAAAUAUUUUGAGCAUGUGUGAGCACACGGUAGUCGUUGCUGAAUGA